AUGGGCACCCAGUCCCUGUUCCCGCCCUCAUCCGAGCAGGAGCUGCUCGCGCUCAGACGCAGGUGCGCUAGCUCCCUUCGGUCUCUGGUUCCGAAUGGCGUAGCGAGACUGUACUUUGGCAGCAACAGCAACAGCGGCGGGACCCAAAUUGGAAUGGGGGCCUCAACUCUGCUGCGGACCGGUCCGAGUACCGGAGGAGAUGGCUCACCGCCAGACCGUGGCCCCGAUGGCCAGACGAGACCGUCCAAGUCCCCACAGCAGCACCAGCAACAGCACCAGCUGCCUGCGUCUAAUCUCACCGGCGCUAGCAACUCUGCUGCUGCUGAUCAUAUGAGCACUAGCCGCGUCGGAACCACAGCUGGUGGACCCCCCGCCGUCAUCCCUGGCGCCCGUCUCGACGACGAGCGAAUCGUGGCCGAGAUCGAGUCGGGGAUCCUCGACGUGUUUGGCGACACCUACUGCAACAAGCACCUCAUGUAUGCCGCCCUCGAGCUUCUGCUCGUCCGCUUGAUGCCCGAACUGGCCGACCGCGGUGUUGUCGACCUCUGGGUCGAAAGACUAAGCUAG